UGCUUGGAGCAUUUCAUCCUGUGGAUGUGUCUCUGUAUCCCUAAACUUUUCUUUUGAUGUGUUGCAACAUCAAAGCAAGCGUCAUUUAGUCUUACAGAAUGGAUAGAUGGAGAAUUCAACAGGUGUCAGUUGUGCUUAACAGUACAUGGCUGGGUGGGAGAGAAAAACAUCUUUAGUUUUCAUCAGUUUUAAUAUUGGUUCAAGUCUUCUGAUGUUUAGCUAACAAUUUUGCCCAUGACUCUUGGAAGAGUGGUAUAGAAAGCUCUCCCUAAUUAAACAAAUAAGGCACUGGAUGACCGUAACUAAACAAUGUCUGUACCACGUGGAGCUGUCCAUGCAAAAUGGAUAGUAGGGAAAGUAAUAGGAACCAAAAUGCAGAAAACUGCCAAAGUGAGAGUGACAAGGCUUGUGCUAGAUCCUUACUUACUAAAGUUCUUUAACAAACGAAAAACCUAUUUUGCCCAUGAUCCAUUGCAGCAGUGUGUUGUUGGAGACAUUGUUCUUCUGAAAGCUUUGCCAGAGCGAAGGAGCAAACAUGUGAAACAUGAACUGGCUGAAAUUGUUUUCAAGGUUGGAAAUGUCAUAGAUCCAAUAACAGGAAAGCCCUGUGCAGGAACCAGAUUCCUUGAAAAUCUGUCAGAUUCGGAAAAUCUGACAGAGGCGGAUACUACCUAUCUAAGUGAAAAACUUCAGGAACUUAAAGUUUGUUCAACAAAUAGUGGGGAAAAUAUUUAAACAGAGGGCUUUUCAGCUUGUCUGUCAGGGAUGUUUGGGGCCCUGCUGUUGUAUGUUAAAUGUUUCAGUGAAAUCUGUAGUCAAAACAGUGAACAUAGUUGCUUAUAAGAACAGAUGUUACAGAUUGAUAGGCACCUCAAAUCUUUAAAUGAAAAUACAGAGAAAAUGUGAGUUUAGUGUUAACACUUCAUUUUGUUGCAUGUAGUUUUGCCCCAAGCCUUGACAGUUUCAAAAGCCAGCUGCUCACUUGGAAUGACUCUUCUGUAUUGAGAAAGACAAGAAAAUAACUGUAUGAUGUUUAAGUUUGGUGGGAGGGUCAUUACAUUAUUUGAUUGUUCUGUAUUUCAGGCAGUCUUUUGUGGUUUGUAGGACUACUUAUGAUGAUGCUAUUAAAUCUUUUGAAAGGAAGUGUAGAAUUUUAAAACCAGCUACCUGCAUGUGUCCUUAUUUCCUCUUACAGUCACUCAUGCCACACUGCAGUAUCUUCUAACUUCCAAAAUCUCUAACAAAAACACAGCCACUUGCCUCUAUAAUGGCAGUAAGGUAAGCAUAAAAACUUUGGGUAGCUCAGCAGGUUGCCUUUGUAACCUGUCCAAAGGAAGUAUUUAGUUCUGGGAGAGAUGGAUCUCUUUGAACUGCCAGCAGGAAAUAGAAGCUGAUGAGAAUACAAAGCCAAAAAAGUAGAAGUAAAGAUGGUUAGAUUUAGUCUCAUCAGAAAAGCUAAUUAAAGCAACACAUUUUGGAAGAGAUACAGGUACUGAUUUGCUGCGUACUUUAAUAUGAAACUAGAAGGCCAUAGCAGUUAAUGAUUAAAGAUCACUUUAUCCUGCUACAGCUCUGGGGAUCUUGUGUCCUGUCUUCCAGGACAUAAAGCAAACUAAGAGCGUGCAGCUGUUACAGCAGCCUUGUGUUGCUGACUUUUCAUUCAGAUCUCAAGGGGCAUCUGCCUCAAAACCCAGCUUUUGUGGGGACAGCAUUCCAUGUCCCUGUGUGGAGGGGAGAGUGGUAUAUUAGAGCUAUGAGAAAUCCUUUUUGAAGUGUCUAUGUCAUUGGUCUUUAAGAUCAGAAGCUAAUCAAGGUGUGUCUGAAAAGAGUUCCUCUGAUCUGAAAUAUCUUAAGAAAGUGAGCGAGCUUACACUAGUAAGCUAUCAGUUGUGUUCUGUUGUCAGUGGUGUAAAUCAUUUGCCCUUUAACUUCCUUCAUCUGCACAAAAUCAGUUUCAGCUGCCUGCAAACUGCUAACAAAGUCCAACUGAACUCAGCAAAUUAUUUGGGCCAGGAAGAAUGAGAAAUGUACAUUUUCUUCAGUGCUUCAAACCAAAAAAUACUGCUCUUUGAAUGCUAGUCCUCAAGUACUGUCCUGCAUGUCAGAUCAAUAAGCUGGGACGUCAAGACAUCUUGAUUCAAACGUCUCUAUGUAAAUCAAUAAUGUGAACAUGGUCUCUGAGGAAGAGUCCUAAACAUAUGGCUGUGGGUUAUUCUUGUUGAUAUGUUUGUUGAAGUGGUUUAGGUUUAUGUAAAUUACUUAGUAACUGUAGCUGGCUGAUUAAGGCCCUCAUCGAAGUGGAAGGAAGCCUGGGCUCUGACUCCUGCUCGAGUGAAUGUGAAAUGUGAAACUUCAUCUCUAGCAGAGAUUGAGAGAAAUCAGACCCAGGCUAGAACAUGGCCCUGGGCUGCAGGAAAUACACUAAGUUGUAUCCAAGCAGGCAGUAAAGGAACUUGACCCUCAGUACUUGUGAUAUGAGUGUUCUAAUAACUAGACAUACAAUGUUUAUAAGAAAUAGAAAAAGUUUCCUGUUUGGUUAAUGAGUUGCAUCUAUGUCUAAUUGGGGAAGUAAAUCUUUCCCUGUAUUUGCUGUGAUUUUUCUUGAGUAGCUGUGAAAAUGUCAUAUUUUUUCUAAGAUUGAUUCGUCGCAGAAGGUUGUCAGUUUUUUUCCAUUUACAGGUAGGCUCUUGGGGGGGUUGCUCGAGAACUCAACAUGCUGUCAGAUCAGAAUGUGAUUAAAUGUACAUAGUCUGAAGUGUAACUUGUUUUUAAAAGAAUGAUGCCAAUUGUAGGCUAAACUGUUUUUGAAAGAGGCACCACAAACAUUGUACUUGACUGAUGUUAAAGCACAUUGCAUGUGCUAGCCUCUGACUUACUCUCACAGAGUGCUGAUAUAAAAAUCAUAAAAUGGUAAUGGAAACUGCAUAGUGAAAUGAUACAAACUUUGUAUGUGCUAUGUAGAAAGGCAAGAUUUGCUCAUUAACUUGUUUUCUAUGUUUAUUGGCUAGUUGCUUUUAGAACUGUCCUUCAACUAUUAGCCUAACUACAAGUUUAUUCUUAACUUAAAGUUAUUUAAGGAUUUGAUGCUAGCACACACCACCCAUUCAGCCAAAUUAAAUACUACUGUCGCUGAAACAGUGUGAAGAAAACAUUUCAGCUGUGUGUGGGUGAAA